GUGGUGUGUGCGCUUUUUGACGCGCACACACGGAUGUCGGAGAGAGAGCUUGGUUUUUAAGAGAGAUGCAGUGUGUGUGUGUGUGUACGAAGCUAGUGGGCCGGUAAGGCAGUGCAGUCCGUCAGUCAGUCGGUCCGUCAGCACGCACAUGUCGAUCAGCUGUUUAUCCAGAUACGACAGGUGCACUUGUGUAUGUCUGGUACAGCGCACAUCCAAACAACCCGGACACUCUCCUAGCCAAUCCGAUCUUGGCCAGCAGGACGGCGCACUCGCCCGUUCCUUGCUCUUUUUUCUUCCCCCAGCGGUUUCCGCGUACCCAUAGCAAGAGUAGAAAUGGAUUUGGUGGAUACCACGACGCAGCACCCGGCUGAGCAGCGGCCUCUCUCCGAGUCGCCCCAGGGCGCAUCGGCCAACGCGUCGGCGUUGCUGGAUUCCAUCCGCACGAAGGACGGCUAUGACCAGGCGGUGGCCGAACGAGGUCUUCAAGCCGUGGAGGCCGAGAUCUCUGCCGUCAUGACCCAGAUCUCCACCAGCAUCGCCACAGCUUCCGACAGCACUUCGCAGCUGCUGCAGCCACUCGUCCAGCUGGUUUCCCUCAGGCAUGUGCCGUGCAUCUCCCAGAAGGCCAUCGAUGCAGACAUCCUGCCGCUGCUGGUGGAGCAGCUGGGCGACGACCACCCUCCCGACCACCAGCAACAGGCGGCAUCCGCACUGGACGACAUCGCAUCCCCGCCUACACUUGGCGUCGGGCCAGAGGUGCAGGCCGUCAUCAACGCGGGUGUCGUUCCGCCCCUCGUGCAGCUGGUGUCGUCACCCGAUGACGGCGUGUGUGUGGCGGCCAUGAAGGCACUGGCCAAUCUCGCCAACCCGAUGCUCCUGGGCGAGCAGCGCGGCCACAUGCUGCAGCUGGGCGUCCUCGCACGACUGCAGACGACGAUGCGCGAGAGGACAGCCUUCGAGGUGCUCCGCUGCGGUGUAGACCUGCUGCGCGGACUGUUCCUCCUGAACUACGACCCACCCGCAUUCCACGAGAUCGGGCCCUUCGUGCCCGUCCUGGCCAACAUCAUCCGCACCCACACGCCCAACCAAGAUGACCAUCUCCUGCAUGGAGCCAUGUGGGCGCUGGCGGCCAUCAGUGACGGCAGGGACGAGGAUGAGCAUCGCGAAGCCGUGGUGGCGACCGGGGUGUGUGAGCAGCUGGUGGGGCUGCUGGCGGAGAAGUGGGGUCUCAUUCCAGAGAACGCGUUAACUGUGUUAGCCAACAUUGCACAAGGUCAGUUGCCCUGACGCAGAGAGGGAGGGGAAGGAGGCCCAUCGCUUGGUUGUGUGUCCAUGGUGGUGUCCAUGCAGGUACCGAUGCCCAUCGAGAUAUGCUGGUUGGGUAUGGUGUCAACCAGCGGCUCAGCCAGCUGCUGCAGCCACCGGCGACCAACGAGAUCAUGCAAGAGCAGAGGCAUCCGCGCGCUGCGUCUGGCGCAAGCGCACGACGCUGCCUGUCGUGUCCUCCUGAUCAUCGUCUGUUUGGGUGAGAACGAAUGCAUACCAGCAAUUGUCCCUGACAGAUGGCAUUCGUGUGUGUGUGUGUGUGUUUCUGCGAGUGAAGGGACGAGUGGUUACGUCCAGACGGUCAUCGAUAAUGGAGUCAUGCCGCACCUGCUCGACAUCAUUACGGCGGACAACAUGUACGCCGAGAGCGGCCUGACCAUGAACAUCGAGUACAUCGUCUGUGGAGGGCUGCCACGCAUCAAGCAGGCUGCAACACAGGCCAUAGCCAACCUGGCAAACAAGGCAUCGCAGCAACAGGUAGGUAGCUGCGGGAUGCGAGAACGGAUCGUAUUUCUUCUUCUGCCAUGACUCAUCCAUGUGUCCAGGGCCAGUGUUUGGUCGAGUAUGGGUGUGUGCAGCGCCUCUGCGGCCUCCUGGACACCACGGAUGACCCAAACGUCCUCGUGGUGCUCAGCAACAUACUCGCGUAAGCAGACCACUCACAGGAGCACGGCAGGAUAUGUGUGCAUGUGGAUGUGUCUUCAGCCAUGGCAGGGACAAGCAGGUAGCCGAGGGCCUUCCCCACAACCCCUUCAGCCAGCUCAUUCGAGAAGUGAGUGACAUAGCGACAGACAGACGCACAGUGUGAUGGUGGGCUCUCCCCCUGAGGUCAUGUUUGUUUGCACACGCAGGCUGACGUUAGCAGGUUGGUGGCGCUGCAGACACACGACAAGGAGGACGUCGCAUUUGAGGUAGGGAUGCAGAAGCAAGAAGAGACAUCGACCACAAAGUGCCUGCCUGUUGUUGUGUUAUGCGUUGAUUGACGCAAAUCAGGCAAUGAGGAUUCUUUACUACAACUUUCCCGACCGUGGUGACACGGAUCGCUACGAGGCCGCUCGGGCCGCCCGCCAGCAAGGCCAGCAAGGCGAGAAUGACGACAGUGAUGGGGUGGCCGAUCUCGACACCGACGUGGACGACGACGAUAGCGAGGAAGAGGGGGAGGGAGGUGUGGAGGGGAAUGGAGGGGCAGACGGCCGAGCGGAGGGGUAGUCAGUUAGCCGACUUCAUGCCAUUGCAGCAGAGCCAUAGAUGGAUGGAUGACAGAGGGGAGGGAGAGACGUGUAGCGUAGCUGACGGCCGGACUCAUCGU